AUGAACCAAGUGGCCCGUUAUGGCAUCUAUCCCCCCUCCCCCACCUCAUCCCAGGCGGGCGUCCUGAAGCUCACUCGCCAGGCCAUGAGCGUGCGAGCAGAGUUGGUGCGGGUGGCGGUGGUGGGAUCUCCCAACGUGCGUGCAGCGGUGGUGGGAUUCCCCAACGUGGGCAAGUCAGCCGGGAUCAACCGUCAGCCCAACCACUCCCGUUCCUAUGUCCCAACUCCUGGGCCCCCACCUCCUCUCUCCCCACCUGCUGCUCCCUCCCUGCAACAGGUGCGGGCGGCGGUGGUGGGAUUCCCCAACGUGGGCAAGUCAGCAGUAAUCAAUCGUUUGCUCAACCGUCGGGUCGUCGCCAGUGCUCCCAGGCCAGGGGUCACACGGGAGGUCAAGUGGGUGCGGCUGGGAGAGGGCCUGGACCUGUUAGACGCGCCUGGCGUGCUGCCAGCGAGAAUAGCGGACCAGGCAGCAGCGGCACGGCUGGCCAUGUGUAACGACAUUGGUGAAGCUGCUUAUGCUGUUGCUGUUAGGAUAGCGGACCAGGCAGCAGCGGCACGGCUGGCCAUGUGCAACGACAUCAGUGAAGUGGCCUAUGCUGUCGCUGGCGUGGCUGCUAUUCUCGUGGAGCUGCUGAAACGGCUGCCCACUGCUGGUGAGUUGUUGCAGACCGUUACAAUGCCCACGGCUGGUGAGACUGCCACGGCUGGUGAGACUGCCACGGCUGGUGAGACUGCCACGGCUGGUUCCUGGAGGCACUGGCAGACCGGCUGUGCUUGGGGGUGUGAACCAGGAGGCAGGCAGCCCACAUGCUGCUCUGCUCUGGAGCCCUUCACAUCCUUCAUGCUCUCACUCUCUUCCUUUCCCUCCUCUCGCUGCAGGUUCCUAGAGGCACUGGCAGACCGGCUGUGCAUGGGGGAUGUGAACCAGGCAGCGCACAGAGUGCUCAAGGACUUCAGAAGAGGGGCGUUUGGCUGGAUCGCUCUGGAGAGGCCCCCUGUGUGA